AUGGAUGAUCUACUGGCAAAAGCAGGAUCGCAAGCUGUAACAUUUGCAAUUAGAUCAGGGGUGUCGCUUGCCUCAUCGUUUGCUAUCAAAACACUCACCAAUUUCAUAGUCCAUAUUCCAAAGAAUGACGCCAGAAGGAUUGAGAGCUUGAGGGCAAAACUGGAGAAUAGAAUUGAAAUUGUUUCAUCGGCGAUUGACCUAAUAAAACUUGUGGCUGCGAGAGGUAAUACAAACCUGGACAGUACAUUAAGAUUAACUAAAGAUCUUAAACAAGAGAUUGAUUCCUUCGACGAAAAAAUGAAGAGAUUGACAGAAAAGGUCACAACUUCAAAGAGUUCUAAGUCCCAGGAAGAAGCAAUCAAAUCUGUAGAGGCUUAUAUUGAAGACUUAUUACUUCGGAUAGAGGAAGUAACACCCUUUAUCAAUCUAUCAUUAAACACUACAGGAACGAGUCUAAGUACGGCUUUGCCGCAGCAGGUGUCACCUGGAUUAUUAUUACAAGCGUCCAAUUUUGUAUCAAGAUCGAACGAUGGGAAACUCAUUCAUGGAAAAUUACGAGUAGGUCCAACUUUUCAAGCCACUGUCUUUUCAGUAUUCUAUAAUAUGAGCUCAGGAGCAGAUCCUAAAGCUCGUAUUACAUGGAGAGAAGACAUGAAGAGAGCGUUUAUCAAGAUAGUCAGGACAGAGUCAAAAGAAAAGGAGUUUGAAUACCAAUUGAUUAUAGAGCAGAGCUUUGAUGAUGGUCGAUAUCAUAACACAGAAGAUGGAGAGGAAGUUCCACAAAAGACUGCUUUAGAUAUAAGCCAAAUUCGUAAGCUAUUUUUCAGCAUAUCUGGUAAAUUAUUGCGACUAGAAGAGAGAGACUCACCAGUUCUAGUAUUAAAAACCGUUUCCACUCAAAAAAAGGAAAAGAAUAAAGAAAAAAAUGAUCUUGAAAGCAUCUUAUGGUAUGCUUUUGGUCUUUUUGAGGAGGACGAAGAGAGCGACGAUAGCGAUGAGGAAAAAGAGGCAGGAGAAUUGGAAGAGCAGGUUAAAAGUGACUAUUCUUCCUCGAUAUCACUUUUAGAGUAUAUUAUUAGGUUAGUAUCCCUACAGGAGGAUGACCAGAAAAGUAUUCUGGACAUUAACGAUGAAAGAUUGUCAAUUUAUUUGAAUGAUGAGAGUCCAAGGGCUGCUACUGUGUCUCCAAAAGAUAUUGAGGCAGUAACGACAAAGAUCGGAAAGAUUAGUUUGGAUUGA